AUGGACACUGGCGAGACACAGUAUCUCUUCAAAGAGACCCGUCUAAACCUCGAGCCUCCAUCCGCCGCAUCUAUUGUCAGCGUCUGCGUCCCAGCGAACCACAAGCCCACGAGGGCCACGGCCGAAGACGAGUCGACUUUUCGAGCCAGGAAUCUCGCAAGUGCCUCGACAAUCUAUCACAGAAAAUACCACCAUUCACCACGCAGCUUCUUGUGGCGCAUCCUAGAUGACGGAACCACGCUGAGCAUCCGGGUUGUUGAUGUUGCGCGGCGGGACAAGAAUACGCCCGAUGUGUCACUGGUCCUGAACUUCAAUUUCGCGACGCCGAUUCUACCAAAUUGCGUGGCGCUAGCCGAUCCGAAAGAGCACGAUGCGCUGUGUAUCUUUGUGAUCGACGAGGCGCGGGUGCUAUGGACUCUGACGUUGAGACCUGACACUUUGCGGCGGCGGACAGCCGUUGACGCUGCGUUGGCAGAUGUCGCGAAGCGCCAGGCACCUGCAGGGCUGUCGACCAAGUAUCCUCAUCGCAUGGUGGCCGUCGAUUCGAAUAUGCUGCUGGUCACGGUGAAUGAUGGAGGAAUGAUUCGCUUUGACCGGUCUGUAUCUGAUUCCGGCAAGCACACCAUUCGACACGGCAAAGUCAACAUGGAGUACAGCGCAGCAACCGCUCUCAAAGUCACGUCACUAGGCGUCGAAGACUGUCUGUACGUAGUGACCGUUUGUCUCGACCAUCGACUGCGCAUCUGGAACGUCGGCGACGGUCAAAUCCUGCACACCGGCGACAUCCUCGAUGUAGACCGCGAGCCUCAGGAUGUGGGCAAAUGGGUCAUUGACCCUGCGCAAUCCAACCUUGUUCAAAUCGUUGGCCGCACCCGGGGCCAGAGGAUAUGCGCCACCUACUCACCCAUCGGGGCAGGAGAGUUCAAGUUCUGGAAGAUUGUUGCAAAGGGAACCCACAGCGUAGACGUGGUCGAUCUUUUUCCCGACGUCAGCCUUGUCCCUGUAUUGCCGUCCUCGGACGUGUGGACGCUGGCCGACUUCGUCUUGUCCUCGCCCGCCGAGGGCAUUAUGAACUUGUGGACGCUCUGGAAGAACAACAUGACGUACAAGGUGCAGCGACUGCCACUCGAUAGGAAGAACAUGGCACGUUCGUGGGAGGAGAGCUGGGAAGGAGUGUUCCUGGACACAAGCGCGUGGCCACCGGCUUCAUCAGGGCCAAACGAUCCAACUGAUGUCACCGAAAAGUGGUUGCGCACCAUCCUUCAGCCAGGAGCGUUCACCAAGGCGACUCUCAACACCGCUCUGGCAAUUUACGAGCAUGGUCUGGGCACGUCAAAGGAGAACGUCAAAGGCAGGGGCAUUGCAGAGGCUAUCUGCACAGUUCUAGGCUCGACAGCAUCCUUGGAAAGGGGCCCUUCAGGAUCCAUUGACUACGAGCAAUUCCGAUCGUCCAACGAAACACAGUGGCGGAGAUUCUACAGGCUCCUAGUGGAGCUCGACAGGCAACGAGGCGAGGCCAUCAGCUUGUCUGUCGAUCACGAGCUGGACACGGCUUGGGUGAUAUGUGCCGAUCUUGUCUCGGUGGUCCACGAUUGCAGUGCGUUGGAGAGGUUGUAUUACAAUGCCGGUACACCUGAGGAGGGACAGGAAGACCUUACAACGCUCAUCAACGUAGGGCUGUCAUUUGUUGAUGGGUUCUCCGACAACUUUGUCCAGCUGUCAGAGGCUGCCUUGCGCUCAGAGCUCUUUGAGGAAUCGUCAAAGACCGACUUGGAAAGGAUUCAGUAUUUCUCAGACAAGUCAGGGUUCUGGCGAGGCAUCACCGAUGAUGACUGUGCCCAGGUUGUGGAUGCCCUGGGUGACAAUUUCAAGAUUGUCACCGAGGACCUGUGUGGGGAUGUUUUGGACUUGAUCAGAACGCCCAGUGACUCACACAAACGCGCCCAGGUGCCUUUGAGCGAAUUUGGACACAAGUUGGCGCUCAAAGGCGUAGAGGACAGUGUCGAGCUGUACUGGAGGGUCUGCUUCAGCCAACUGAUUCUGCUUGUCCACAUGGAGUUCGAGUUCGACAACGAGGAGGAUGCACUGCAUAACCGCAUAGCCAUCGGACAGUUCUACCGACGUAUGUUGACUGCCCUCAGGCGCCUGGAGCUCCUCAGAUGGCUUGGACGUACCGAUCUAAGCGUGCCCGAAAUCAAGGAUAAGGGUAUGUCCGGUGCGGCGUCGAAGAGGAACGCAGAGGAGCCUCCCGUCAUAACGGCCUUGGAAGCGAAUGUAGGCCAGCUCUUCGACUUGCGCUUGGUGAAGAAGGGGUCACUAGCCGCCAAUCUGACCGACCUAGUGGCGGAUAUGUGCGCCAUUGACAGCGAGAUCGAUAUCGUCCCAACACUCAUCCAGUGCAACUUCUUGCGCCACCAAAGGGCGGAUCUGGCUCUGGAGACGGCUCCCUUCUGUGACCACGAACCUUUCUCUGUGUAUGUCCAGGGACGCGUGUUCCUCGCGCUGCAGGACUUCAACGCCGCGGCCACGCAAUUUAGGAAAGCAGCUAUUGGGCUGAGUUCUACCAAGCACAAACUGUCCCGCCAAAGCGUCGGUUUAUUGAACGAGACGGACUGGAAACUUCUCAACAACGGACCGGGCAAAUACUAUUCACACAUUGUUGCCCUGUACGAGCAGCAAAGGGCCUACUCCUACGUCGUGGACUUUGCCCGCCUAGCAGUCCAAUUUCACGGCAAAGAAUCUGGCAAUGAUUUGACAAGGACAGACAUGCUGAGCCGCUUGUUCAACGCCGCUGUGGCCACUUCGCAAUUCCAGCUCGCGCAUACGACUCUGCUGUCGCUGCAGGAUGGUGCUAUGAGACAUUCCAACCUACGAAAGCUCGUCGACAGGAUGUGCGCAACAUGCCACAGCAAUGAGCUUGUGGCACUCUCAUUCCCCGCCAUGCAGCAGGAUGUCGAUGACAUUCUCACGCAGCGGUGCCAAACCUCGUUCGACGUCUUGGACGGGUUCCCCUACCACCAAGUGCUCUACUCGUGGCGGAUACGGCACGGAAACUUCCGCGGAGCUGCGUCUGUUUUGCUGGAUCGCAUACAGAAGCUCAAGAUUGCCGGAGAGGGCGACAAGAUCACCGGGGACGACGUGCUUGACACACCCGUCACAAAGCAGUACCUGCUGUUAAUCAACGCUUUGAACUGUGUCGAGGCAAAGGAAGCCUGGGUGUACGACGAAGGGGUAUCGGAAGGCACUGCUGCGGGGCUGCCCGCCAAGAGGACGGUGGUGUCCCUGGCCGACAUUCGCAAGCAAUAUCAGGACGAGCUGGACAGGAUCGCCUCCAUCCAGAACAACCAAUUUGAAUUUGCAGAGGACGACGUGAUGGAACUCACAUGA